AUGGCCUUCCAAAUAGCUCUUAUGUACAACGCCGCAUCCGUUUUAGGUCGCAUCUUGCCAAACUUCCUGUCCGACAAGACUGGGCCGAUUGACGUCAUCAUGCCAUGCGCAUCCACCACUGGGGUUCUUCUGUUCAUUCUCGUAGUCCUCGAUGCUGGACAAGUUGGCGGCUUUGCCGUUCUCUCGCUGCUAUUGGAAUGUGGUGCUAUGGAGGUGCAGCCGCAAUGA